UUGCCUCCCGACUGUCCCGGUGUCUCGCACUCCAUUUGGACCUAUCACGUUGAAGGUCCUCCAGGGUAUUCUGUCCCACACUCGACCAUUCUCUCUUGCUAUGCACCAAACACACUCUGCAUCGUGUCCACGUACAUGCGCGUUCGACGCAAAAAUGACCGUCUUUUGAUGCAACCUUUGUCGACACGAGUCACGUUGCCAGGCAAGCCGCGAGAUCUUCGUCUGAGAGUGGCCUGUGAUAUCUCUCGUCCCUGCAUCAUCGCAACUUGGAUGCCGCCGAAGGAUUAUGCAUCGAUGCUCUUUCCAGCCUCCUCUUCCCCGGAAUCGGCCAUCUUUCCGCCGCCUCCGGCCUCAGGAACAGCGGCAGAAUCCAUUUCCUCUUCUUUCCCUUCAGCCUCAUCAUCAUCAUCAUCAACUGUUGAUGCUUCCGCGGCCUCUUCAACGGUCAAUUCGUCAAACAAUGAACAGGAUUUGCAGCAAAAAGCUCGUCAAAAAAUCCUCGAAGAGAACUAUUCCGCCCUACUGGCCUAUAGAGUUCGUUAUCGGAUUGUAGAACCGGCCAUCAGGAUUGUCGACUCGGCAAUUCCACAUUCCGACCGGAUAGACGGACUUGUUGCUGGCGAGACGCUGACGAAAGAGGAGCUGGACAAAACGCCAUGGCUUGGCAGGAUAGAAAAGAAUGCCACUCAGCUCAGUCUUCACACGCAGCCAGGCGAGCACCGUACGUUUCUAUGCCCACCAACAAUUGUACAAUUGAGUAAAAAAACACGAUUUUUAAGCCUUAAACAUAUCAACUUUAACAGCACCAAUAAAUACUAA